GACCAAUAGUCCUCUUUAUUUUUCUAUUUACUAAUGUUAAAAAUUAAGUUUUGGUAAAUCGAAAAAAAAAAUAUCGGAGUCGAACUUGUAACUGACUCCGAACCCGAAAAUUUUUUUUCAGCAAACUCGACUCCGUCGGAAUCGGGUUUCGGAGUCCUCCGCAGGUCUCUAGUAGCCAAACCCAAUGUCCAAGCAACCACCACUCCCAACCCUUAAUCAAAAACACUACUUAUUAGAAUCUAUAUGAUACACAUUUCUUAAAAUUAAUUAUCUUUAAUUUUAGAUGUAUUUAAAAUCUAAUUAUUUCUUGAUAUUUCUUCUUAUUCUAUUUAAUAUUCAUAUAUCAUUAUCAUCAAUAUGUUCAAAAUAUUAUUCAUUACAACAAUCACAAUUAUGUGAAUGUGAAGAUAAUAUAAAUAAUGAUGAAUUCUCAAUAUCAUUAAAAUGUAUAAGUUUAUCAAUAAUACCAAAUUUUUUUAGAAAUAUAUCUUAUCAUACAAUUGAAUUUGAAUCAUGUUUAAAUGAUUUAAAUUUUAUAAAUCAAUCAUUUAAUAAUUUAACAAUAAAAAUUUUACGUAUACGUCAUUGUAAUUUACUUAAUAUUAAUGAUCAAACAUUUUUAAAUAUAAAACAAUUUGAAAAAUUUCUUUUAGAAAAUUCAACAAUAUUAUCAUUAAAAACAUUAAAUGAAAAUUUUCAAGAUAUAUUUUCAAUAAAUUCAUUUUAUAAAUUAAAAUCUUUAACAUUAAAAAAUAUACAUUAUUAUUAUAAACAAAAAUUAAAUUUAGAAUUUUUAUUACAACAAUUACCAUAUUUACAUCGUUUAGAAUUAAUAAAUAUAUAUAUUGAUGAUUAUCGUUAUUAUGAUAUACAAACAAUAGGACAAUAUUUAACAUAUUUAAGUUUAACAAAUACACAUCAAAAUAGUUUAGUACCAAUUGAAUAUUUAAUAUCACUUGAACGUUUACUUAUACGUCAUUUACCAAAUAUAUUUCAUACACAAACAUUAAUAUAUUCAUUAAGAAAAUUAUCUUAUUUAAAAUAUAUUCUAUUUGAACAUAAUCAAUUAAAAUCAAUAGAAAAUUUACAAUCAAAUACAAUUGAUGAUAUUGAUUUAAGUUCAAAUUUAAUUGAAACAAUAAAUGAAUAUACAUUUGAAUAUGUACCUAAAUUACGACAUUUAACAUUAACAAAUAAUCCAUUAAAUUCAAUUGAUAAAAAUGCAUUUUGUGGUAUUGAAAAUUUACAACGUUUAUCAAUACAUAUUAAACAUACACAAAUAUCACCAUUAGAUAAUUGUUUAUUAAUGAAUUAUCCUAAUUUACAAAUUAUACAAGAUAAUCAAAUAAAAUUUGAAUGUAAUUGUCAAU